AUGCAUAUUGAUAUAUGGCAUAUUGGAGGCGUUAUCGCAAGUGCAGUGCUGAGGCCAGUGCUCUUGCACUACAUGAUAGCAAUAGUGACGGAGAGACUGAUCAAAUCUCCAAAUGGCAAUGGCACUUUGUCUGGCUUAGAAAUAGAUCCUACCAGUUGUGCACCUGAUAAAGUAGACGUAGAAGAUUCCUGUAAUGCUAGCUCCUCCCCUCCAUGUGAUAACCAAGCUGGUGCUAGUUUUGAAGGACGUAUUCUAUCAGAUAGUUCGUCUUCUUGUUGUUCUGAUCGGCAUUCUGAUUUUGACGAGUCCGUUGAGUAUGAAAACUUUGAAGUUGAUAUUAACGCUCCUUCUUCACCAAUAACUUUACGCAAGGAGCUGGCUACUUGGGCAACUAAACACCAUUGUAGAUGAGGACCUAUAAAUGAACUUCUUGAAAUUUUAAGAAGGGAAGGACAUUCUUUGCCAAAAGACAGUAGAACUCUUUUAGCUACUCCCAUGAAAAUUACAACUUCAGAAAAGUGCGGUGGCCAGUAUGUAUAUCUUGGUAUACAGCGCGGUGUACGUCAAAUGCUACCUAAGUAUCCAUCAUUCCUAGAGAAGCAUGAAUCUAUUGAUCUAAUGAUCAAUGUUGACGGACUUCCUCUCUUUAAAUCGUCAAAUGCUCAAUUUUGGCCAAUUUUAGGUUGCUUUGAUGGCCUUCAUGUGUUUGUAAUUGCUUUGUUUUCAAUUAUACUAUUUAGCUGCAUCCAUCCGAUAGACCCGCGUAUUGACCCGCAUGCAUAUGCCGGCACGGCCUCAUAUGAAACCCAAAAAUACUUGAAUAGAAUAUUAUAAUAAGUAAACUGUCUUAAUAAUUGCAAUUCUCUCCACAAUUUUUUUCCUCUAUAGAUGACAAAAGCGUGUGCGACCAAUACGACUAUACCACCUCAGAGGAAACUACUGUGGAACUGGCUGAUGAGAACGAUGGACCAAGACAUAAGUCACUACAAGGUCAGAUUUGGCACCGACAAGUGCCUCUGUCACAUAACUAAAUAUAUUUCUGAUUAAUAAAGAAAUCUCUAUAAUUAAUUCAAGUUGGCCGGCGACCGGCCUUGAAUAAUCCUCUACUUAAUCUAUUACCAAUUGAGUUUGUUUGGUACGUUAACUCACAGCUAUAUAUAUAUAUAUAUAUAUGAUUUCGAUAUUUUAUUAUGGACAAGUGUCCAUCCAGGGUCACAAGGCCUGGACACUACGUUUGAUCACUAUGAUCACGUAGUGAGCUCACAAGUGGAAGGAAAUAAAGUAAGCAAGACCUUGAGAAAAAAAAUCAACAAAAAAUAUCGAAAUCAUAUAUUAUGCUCGUUCGGGGUACCACGUUCUUGAGCACUCUAUAGUUCAUUGUAUAGACUUAUGCGCGCCUCGUGCUUAGCGAGUGUUGCUGCUUUGUCGAAUGUCAAACAAAGACAUAAAAAUAUGAAAUAUAUAUAUAUAUAUAUAUAUAUAUAUGCAUUACAAGCUGCAUGAUGUUCGUUAUUAAAUACUGUUGUCUGCAUGUAUAGCAAAUUUUGUUGCGUGAGCUACUGAGUUAGUACUUAGUAGCCUGCAUGGCAGGCAUUCUGUUGUGAACGGACAAGCAGAUAUAUGAGUGUAUGCAAUGGAGUGAAGCGAACUACUGUAUAGUUUUUUAGUUGUUCAAUUAUUUUACUCAUUGAAUUUAUUUACAUAGACAUUAUGGUUCCUUUUAAUUCUACUAUUUUAUUAAAAUUAUAUUAGCAAUUACACAAAGAGUAAGAAUAAAAUAUAUAUAAAACAAUAUAUAAAAUGAAUUAUUACUAUUUUUGCAGCAAAAACUGCAAAGUCAAUGAGUGUAAGGUCUGAGGAGCGAGAAAAUAAGAUUAGUGGCAGUGAAGAAGAAGAAAAAGAAGAUGACGAAGAAGGAGGCAGCCAAGAAGGUGAUGUAGGUUAGUUUACUUCUAUGUUGUGAGACAUCCGAGACUUGCAGGUCGUGUUUUAUUAGGUCUAAAGCCACUCGCGCUGCGCGCUCGUGGCUUUAAACCUAAUAAAACACUCCUGCUUGUUUAUUAAACAGUACAUUAUUAAUUUUAAUUAGAUCUUCCAGUCCCGCCAAGAAAGUUUAGUCUGGCAACACUGCUUCGCCAUCGAGAAUCACCUCCUAGCUCUAGUGAUCGAGCCAGUUCAUCAACGGCCAGCAGCAAAGGGUUUCCAAUGCCCGAAGCAAGUAAGUUCCAAACUGUGAAUUUGUAAAUUAACACUUUUUUGAUCUUUGUAAAUAAUUAUCUGUGUUUGUGUGACAAAUCUAAUAAACUCAAAAAAAUAAUAAUUCAAUAAAUAUAGAGUUAUAUAAACACGAGUGGAAGUUGGGAAAAUGAGAAAUUUUGUGGAAACGCGUACGACGCCCGAAGAGUGUUUAUAUUAUAACUCAAUAUCAUCAUUAAAUAUUACAUUAUUGAUUCAUUAAUGAUAGAGUUUAAAAUUUUUUUUAGAAUUUCAAAAGAGAGUGUUGCAUUUGCGGACUGAAAUUAGGGACUCAGUCGCAGCAGUGGGCAAAAGAUGCGAGACACGGGACUCUGAGUUUACCAUAGGCCAAAUCACUGAUUUGGCCGUGUUUAAAGAGCUGGAGAGCAGCCUAGUUUCUGACGAAGAAAAACCAAACUCUUCAUAA